AUGAUUGGUGAUGAGGGUGUGAGACCAUUGACAUUGCUCCAAUUGAUAGACGACGUAGAACGAUUAGGCUUGGGCUACCGAUUUGACAAAGAUAUAACUGUAGCACUCAAUAGAAUAAUUGCAAUGGACGAGAGUAACGUGGGAGCGGAGAAGAACAUUCAUGUUACUGCUCUCAAAUUCAGGCUCCUCAGACAACACGAUUAUGACAUCUCUCAAGAUAUCUUUCAGAGUUACAAGGAUCACUACGAUGAUUUUAAUGUCUUGGAAGAGCUCAAAUCUUUUGCAAUGAUUCAACUUGAGGACAUCAAGGGACACAUAGACAAAAGCCUCGUGGAAAAGAUAAAUCAUGCAUUGGAGCUUCCGUUGCACCAUAGGAUGUGUAGGUUAGAAGCUCGGUGGUACAUCGAUGUCUAUAGUAAGAAUAAAGAAGCAAAUCAAUCGUUGCUCGAACUUGCUGUUUUAGAUUUCAACAUGGUACAAUCUACUUUACAAAGUGAUCUUAAAACAGUGGCGAGGAAUAUUCACAUCACACUAAACAUUCAUAGUAUAGGUCUUGCUAGCGAGUUGAACUUUAUAAGAAAUAGGUUAAUAGAAUGCUUCUUCGGGACAGUGGGAAAGAUUUAUGAACUGAGAUUUAGUAAUUGUCGAAUAGGUUUAACACAAAUUAUUGCACUAAUAACUACAAUUGACGAUGUUUAUGAUGUUUAUGGAUCGUUAGAUGAACUUCAGCUAUUCACUGAUGCUGUUAAGAGAUGGGAUGCCAAUGCAGUGAAAAGUUUUUCAUACUACAUGAAGUUAUGCUUCCUGGCUCUCUACAACACUGUCAAUGAAAUGGCUUACGACACUCUGAAAGAUAAAGGCAUAAACGUCAUACCAAUCCUAUCUAAAGCAUGGGCAGACUUAUGCCAAGCAUUUUUGCUGGAAGCAGAAUGGAAUUACAGAAAACACACGCCAACGCUUGAGGAUUAUCUUGAAAAUGCAUGGCGCUCAGUUUCUGGGAAUGAUGAGUUACAGAGAGGUGAAACAGCAAAUUCAAUCCUGUGUUGUAUGCAUCAAAAUGGACUUUCGGAAAAACUUGCCCGCGAACACAUCAGCAAUUUAAUCACUGAAGCAUGGAAGAAACUGAACAAAGGUCGAGUAGAUGAUUCUCCUUUCUCAAAACAUUAUCUUGAAACAGCAAUGAACCUUGCUCGGAUUUCCCAAUUCACGUACCAAUAUGGAGAUGGGCAUGGAGCUCCUGAUAGAAGAUCAUAAAAUCGCGUCAUGUCAACAAUUAUUGAACCCAUAAGACUCAUCGAAUAUGAAAAGCACUAGUGAAUUUUGCUAAAUAAUGGUCUUUGAGAAGGGUGUGUUCCUCAAUUCUUGAGUGUAGGAGUGUCUAGGAUUCUUCAAACUGAGCACUUCACUGGUAACUUAAUCCACAUGCAAGUGACAAAAUAGUUCGAUAAGAG